AUGGGCGCCCCAGAUGUGGCCGCGGCGCCGCUGCUGGAGCUGGAGCGGCCGCCAGAGGAGCGCGGGGAGGAGGAGGAGGAGGAGGAGAAGGAGGAGGAGGAGGAGGAGAAGGAGGAGGAGGGCUUCAGUGGCGGCGGCCCGGAGUUACCUCCACGCUGGGCUCCCCCGCCCGGAGCCACUCACCCGACAAGCAACCUCCCCUGCUGCCCGGGCUACUACGGGGCCGCGGAGUGCUAG